AUGUACCCUCAAGCCGAGAAGUACCACAACCUCCAGCCAGAUGCCUUCCCCAACAAGUUCUUCGGCUCGGAAGCCCUGAGCACCCGCUUCUCGGAGCCCUUCUCCGAGAACUAUCAGCAGACGGAUGGCAUAAACUUCCCCAACUAUGAGAGCCACACCUCAGAAGGCUACCAGGACCUCAGUGGUACGGUGGAGAGCGAAUACAGCGAGGUCAGGAGGAGAAAGAAGAAGAAGAGACAGGGAAAG